AUGAGGGUUGGAAUUGAGCUUGUUUCGUGGCUCUCCCUGGGCGUUGGUGCCCUAGGAGCAGCACAAAACAAUGUCCCGUGGCCAGCAGUUCCUAAGCCGCAACAUGCUACUUCUACCACAACUGCAGUGACCGUUUAUCCUAGUUCUUUUAGGAAAGGUUUGAGCAGUGAGUUUGCAAAUGGCAGUGCGGACAGUGCAUUGGUAUUUCAAAGUGCUGGGGACAUCUAUACCUUGGACUAUGGUGGUGAUGUGGCUGGAAAGCCAAUCUUCCACGUUCAAGUUGCAGAAGGCAAUCCUCAGAUCGAAGUCAAGUACACCGAAGCUUACCCGGGUCUUUUGAAAGCUGAAGGCGACGGUCCUUUUGCAUUUGCCAACGCGUUGGCUGCUACUUUUCGAGUUGAGACAUUCAAUAUUACCAAGACCGGGGAUCUAUCGGGCUACUUUAUCCAAGGAUCGCAGCGGUGGCAGUCGAUCAAGUUGAUUAGCGGAAAAAAAUUGGUCAUCCAACGCGCUGGAUUCAUUUCUUCCGUUGACCAGAGCCCACUGAGCUCUAUGCCUGGCUAUUUCGCCUCAAGCAACUCGACUUACACCGAUAUUUGGGCACUCGGCCCACGGACCCAGCAGUUGGUUUGCUACCCACCCAAUUCUCAAACUUCUACUUGGGAGAUAACUUCGAAUGGUGCCUAUAUCCGUGGCCAGAAACCUGCUACCACAGCUCGUGUCGUCAAUCUGAGCAAUUAUACACUGUCAUUUGAGACUAUGAUCGAUCGGGGUGGUACUGGCUGGCGUGUUGAUACAGAGAUUGAUGCUAUCCAAGCCACUGGACCUAUCUUCGUUCUCACUAGUGAAUACCCAACGGGCUCAUUCGCAAACAUCGACAGAGACCUCCUCCCACCGAAUACCCUGGUUCUCGGCCGCGGCUGGUCUUUACAAAACCAAACUAGUCUGCCUGGCUAUGUCCUGGACAAAUUCCCUCUCACUUUCAACGUCACUGAGAAGACUUGGCACACUAUUCGCACCGAGUCCCAGGGCGAUGACACGUAUACGGUCUACCUGGACGACCGGCGCAUUGUCCACUUUAACAUCAGCUCCUACGGCAUCGGCAAUCCAAACUCCUACAUCCCGGGCGGCGUAUACAAAAGUUUUGCCUUUGGUCCCUGGCAAGAUCAAGCUGCCUAUGUGCGUAACGUAAACGUCACCCUCGGGAAUGGCGAGAACGUGUACAGUAACCCCAUGACAUUGCCAGACGUCCUCGUCGAGUACGGCGUCCAAACUAAUACUCAAUAUACCUGCUCCGACUCCGGUAAGCGUGAUCGCUUCUCAUGGCUAGGCGAUCGACUUAUUUCCGCUCGCACGGUCAUGGUUGGUUCGCAACAGGGUGAAUUCGUCUGGGGACCCGCUGAGGAAGCGUUUUCUCGACAGAUUGGCUCGGGUCAAAUUCCGAUUAAUACACUUUUCAGCCCGUUGGAUACGGAGGGGACUUUAGUUCGGACGACGAAUGUUGAUCCGCUGAUUGUGGAUUAUGAUUUUGAUUUCAUGCAGGUUAUUUAUGAUUAUUGGGUUCGUUCGGGUAAUGAUACUUUCUUGGAGAAAGUUUGGCCGAGGAUGGUCAUGGCUACAAGCUAUGCGAUGUCGAGAUCUUUAGAUCAAGAGACCCAGUUAUUCGGUGCUCCUUAUGGGAGCACUGGAACGCCGUUGUCGGGAGAAAAGGGACAAGCCCUUGGUCCGGCCAACACCGUCUCGAUGAUUAUUGCUUUAGAGCGGAUGUCGGAGAUGGCAAGCUUCAUCGGUGAUGAUGGUGCUGCUGAUUUCUACCAAACGCAAGCACAGCUUUCGCGAACUGCAAUUGAUACCCUACUCUGGAAUGAGACUGCUGGUUACUAUACCGCGACAAUGGGCAGUACUGGAUAUGACCUUAUGGAUAUCGCCCAGGUUCUUCUCGCCGGUAUCGGCAGUGAGCAGCGUCAGGAGAGCUUUGUGGAGAAAUUGUCCGCUCUGCGUGUUCCAGCGGGUUAUAUCAAUGGUACCCGGUUCUUUGAUACCCCUGGUGUGGUGGACCCGUAUUAUAUGAGCUUCUUACUUGAAGGUCUCGCUUCGACGAAACGCACCAACUUGGCGCAAGACUUGCUAGAUGCUACCUGGGUGCCAAUGGUGACUCGUAAUCGCAAUUACACUGGUGGAUACUGGGAGUACAUCAGCACCGACGGUACAUACCCCGGUCUCGACCUCUUCACCGGUAUGUCUCAUUUCUGGGGCAGCUACCCCACGGUGUUUCUCAGCGACUACGCCCUGGGCGUUCGACCCACCAAACCCGGCUACAGCACCUUCCUCUUCGCCCCGCUGCCUGGGUUCAAGACAGAAUGGGUGCACGGCCGAGUCCCGACCCCUGCAGGAUUGAUCUACGCUGCUUGGGGAUUCAACAAACAAGGCAAGAUCAUCAUGGAAAUUACCGCGCCGUCUGGACUCGAAGGAACACUUGUUCCUCCGUUCACUGGGAGCUACUCGGUUGGAAGUCAGAAGGGACAGUCGGGUAAUUAUACUAUUGCAAGAGGUGCGACAGUGGUUAUUGUGGAGGAAUAGAAUGAGUGGAGACAUCUUCCAUCGAGCUAAACUACACGCGGAUGUGUAUUUGACGCCUCCAUCAAUCAAUCCCAAUCGGAGACUAUACUCGCUCCUCGGAGGAUAUUUGCCUGCGUCUGGGAACUGUAAUCGAGGUUCUAGGAGCAAAAAUCUCCUAAAGUCAACUUACACGUUCUUGGAACCGGUAGAGCUAGCGACGUGUAAGCUCAUUUACUCCGUAUAGUGUAUCUUUCACAUCAAUCUCAG